GAUAGCGACGAUGACACAAGUUCCAGCACCUCUGUAGAAACACACGAAGAGAGCAAACCCACGGACAAGGAGUUAGAGGAUGUGAUCGAGGAACUACUAUCACAAGUUGAUUUGUCACAGGUGAGCAUGAAGCAAAUGUGCCAAGCAGUGAUUGAGAAGUUCCCGGGAACAAAUAUCGCUACUCGUGUGGACUACUUGAAGAGCAAAAUCAAGCAGAGUUUGUCGACAAAGUAA